CUGGCCGCAAAGACAACGCCCUGCGAGCGAGAAAAGUCGUCUUUGUUCGGAUGGCGUCAGAACCAUGCCUAUUUGGAACUGGAAAACGUUUAUUCUGCUUUGCGCUUUUCGCAUCGCGAAUACUUUUCUUGUGAACUCUUACUUCGACCCAGAUGAAUUCUGGCAGAUUAUGGAGCCAGCUUACUGCAGAGUAUACAAUGUCAAAUCCCUUUGCCCUGGCCUUACUUGGGAAUGGAAAAGACGUGCUCCAGAGUCGGCAAUAAACUUUCUUGAUCGCAGUAUGCAAGGUCCAGCGCGAGCAUAUCUAUCAGUGCUGCCGACGUAUAUUUACUUUUUUAUUCUGAAAGCGUCGGGGAUGGAUUCUUACUGGCUCAUUUCGCGAGGACCAAUGGUUUUAUUUGCUGUAACGGUUGCAGCACCAAUUGAUAUGGCGGUGUAUUACGCCGCUGGUUGGCUGGAACCAAUAAAAGGUUCCAACCAGAGCGGUGUUGCUGCAUGGUGCCUCUUCUGUAGUCUCUGCUCUUGGUUCAAUGGAUACACGCUUGUCAGGACUUUCGCCAAUAACCAAGAAGCUGAGUCUGUUAUUCUGGCGAUUGCUCUGGUCGCUCCGGAAUUGAUUGGUAAUCGCUCGGCGAGGUACGCUCUUUUACGCAGCUGCAUGGCAUUUCUAAUUGGAGGAUUUGGUGUUGGUAUACGCUUCACUUCGAUAGCCGCAUUUAUACCAAUGGGUGUUUUAUUAGCGUUGAGGCACCUUACCUUGUUGAAAAGAGUUUGCUAUCUACUGGUACCUUGCGCUUUCUUCGGAUUGGCUGGCUUGAGCUUCGGAAUGCUUGUCGAUCGUUACUUCUUUGGUUUUUGGACGCUCCCUUUUCUGGGGAAUUUUCAUUUCAACGUUGUUCUCGACUACGCCAGCCUCUAUGGUUCACAUCCCAUGCACUGGUAUUUUACCAUUGGAGUUCCCGCGCUUGCGGGUUUACUUCUGCCUUUUCUUUGUUUUGACUUUUGGGAACUUACCAAUGGACGAUCCUCGUACGGAAAGCAAAACUUAUGGAUUAUCGUUUUGAGCUAUGUCGGGAUUAUGUCAUUCAAUGACCACAAGGAAUUUCGCUACAUUCUUCCCGUUCUUCCUCUCUUUUGUCUACUGGUUGGCUCCCAUGUCCAAGCCCUACUUUCAGGAUCGACCUGGCGGGCUAGAUUUCUUCGCUUGACAUUUGUUGGUGCAAACCUAAUCACUCUCGUGUACCUUGGGAUGUUCCACCAGAGUGGCCCGAUUCUCGUGAAUCAAAAGAUAGUUGAACUCGUACGCAAAAGCCAGGAAACGACUGAUGUUUCGAUCCAUUACCUGACUGGGGCCUGUCAUUCGACUCCACUUCAUAGCAGCCUUCACGUACCACCAUUUCAAUUCCGCACUUGGUCAUUGGACUGUUCUCCAGACUGCCGGGCAGGUCUCAACCGUGUCUGCGAGACAGAAGAGUUUGUAGACAAUCCUGCAGCCUUUGUUGACAAAGCAUAUUUUCCUUGCCUGAAUGAUGAAAAUCUUUGUACCGCCAAUGCUACUCGAAAUGGUACUCCUGAUUUUGUCGUGACUUUCUCGUCCUUUGUCCGGGACAUUAGUGCUCCGCUGCAUCUUUUGGGGCUUCAAGAAGUUGCGCGCUUUCCCGAUCACAUCAACGGGGCUCGAUUUGGUAACUGGACGCUGGGAAGUGACUUUCUCGCGCCAAACUAUCGACAUUUCAUGAUUGCUGGCGGGAUGGAAAUCAGUCUUGAGGAAAUGGUUUUGUUUGCGCGUCCAUGUUAUAUAGACGACGCCAUAAAAUGUGAAUAAAAGGCCUUCAAUAAUGAAUCCUGAAAUCUGAUAUGCUUGGCAGCUCGAGUUUUUUGUGGCCGUGCUUGAAUCCGAAUUUCUUUUAAGUUUGACAGUGAGUCGCAACCCGCUCAUGAACAUCGAUGAAAACAAUGUGCACUGGGACAGAAGCUGCUCUUUCAAACAAGUCCAUGGAAUCAAUCUCUCUUGAAGGUCAAGUAGAUUAAUCUAGAACAUGAUUUACCAAGUC